AUGAAACGGGAGCAUGUGUCUGGUGCUCUUUUACUGGUGGGGAUUGAAGCCGGAAGUGUCUUGGCAUGCAGAGCGCCUCCUGCCCCAGCUAAGCUUCUGCUCCUUCUUCCGGGCAGGGCAAGUACGACGAGGAGAUUGAGGUGUACAAGCAUCACCUGGAGCAGACCUACAAGCUCUGUCGCCCUUGCCAGGCCGCAGUGGAGUACUACAUCAAGCACCAGAACCGGCAGCUCCGCGCCCUGCUGCUUCGGCACCACUUCAGCCACCGGAAGACAGACAAGACCUACAUGCAGGUGAGGGAGAAGGAACAGGAAGGAACGGCUGUUGAUUGGGGGUGGGCGGGGCAUAGCACUUGGGCAGGAAGUGACAGCUGUUCAUUGGGCAGGGCAUCCUGUUUGGAUGGGCUGUGGGAGCAACAAGUGCUGAACCCAGAAGAGGAUGGACACACAGCGAUGGUGGAAUCUGAAUCAUGCAUUUUAUUUUUAGAUUGUCAUAUAUUUUCUCUUAAGUAGGGCUUUCCCAUCCAGCACGCUUUUCUCAUUCUCUGUUUCUUUAUACCAGGCCUUCUCUCUUCUCCCCGUUUUUCUGCCACUGAAUUUUCUCUUGCGCUUAUUUUGCCACCCAUGCAAAAAUUGGACCAAGGGCUGCAUGAAAUUAGGUGUGAUGCUGCAAGUUGCCAUCCAUUAUGCUGCAUCACAGUUUAGUGUCAUAUGUGACCUGUUUCCUAUGCUGUGCCACAGUUUAGUGUUACAUGGGACCUGAGUCAUAUGCUACAUAAGCCCUUCAUGGCCUAGAACCCUCGUACCUACGGGACCUCCUCUCCCGGUAUGCCCCAUGGAGGACCUUAUCCAUAAAUAGCAACACCCUAGAGGUCCCGGGCCCUAUGGAAGUCAGAUUAGCCUCAACGAGAGCCAGCGCCUUUUCAACACUGGCUCCGGCCUGGUGGAACGCUCUGUCUCAUGAGACCAGGGCCCUGCAGGAUCUGAUUUCUUUCCGCAGGGCCUGUAAGACAGAGUUGUUCCGCCUGGCCUUUGGCUUGGAAUCAACUUGAUCCCCUCCCCCUCUUUCCUUUUUCCUUUUCUCCUUCUGUGAUGGAACUCCUAUUUGGGGAUUUCCCUGCAUUUUUUCUGGCCCACGUAGGACCAGUCUGGAUAGUUGGCCUUGGUGAAGAUUUGAUGUUUUCAUCCCCAAAAAGUUUUUGAUUUGAGUUUCUACUGAAAUGAGGCUGCAUUUUAAUGUUGUACUUUAAUCUUGUUUUUAAGUUGUAUUUUAAUCAUUUGUUUUUAUACUUGGUGUUAGCCGCCCUGAGCCCAGUCUUGGCUGGGGAGGGCGGGUUAUAAAUAAAAUUUAUUAUUAUUUAUUAUUAUUACAUCACAGUUUAGCGUUACAUGCAACUUGGGCCACAUAACCUUUCCAGUGGUUUAGAAGCCUACCUAGAAUGCAAGCACUUCUUGCCUGUUGGCUCAGAAGUUGCCAAGUGAACCAGCUUGAUCCCGCACAGUUGUGUUCCCUUCCAUGUAGGUAUAAAGACGACUCACACAGCCUGCACUGUAAUCUUGUGAUUCUGAAGGUUCUUCUCUUCCCCUGCAGAGCUUUUAUGCUGCGGCUUCGUCCACCACCACAGCCACAACCACACCAGCCCAAGUGAUUGCGCUCCGGUUCCUGGCCUUCCUCAGCUGCGUUGUUCUCGUCACGAUGGCCUUGUAUGGAUCGGGCAACCCAUUUUCCCCUGAGCAUGCAAUUCCUCCUUCUCCGGCAAGCCCUGGGCCAGUGAGGAACGACACUGGCUCAUCGCCAUCAGCAGUGCCACCACCGGGCAACGGCACUCUCCUGGAAGUUCUCAGCUGGCAGGAAGUGAUCCGGCUGUUGCCAGAGCAAGUCGUGGAGACUCUGAGAGUGGCUUGGUCUUACGGGAAGAACCACCAGAUUGCGGUGGUCGUCCUUGGUCUUCUGACGUGCUCCUUAGCCAUGCUGCUGGCGGGACGAAUUAGGUAUGGGGGAUUUUAGGGUGGGUUCUAAAUCAUUUUAUUCAUGGCAUUUAUGUACUACUUAAUUAUAAAUUAUACAUUUUAUGAAAUAAGAUUCCCAGACAUGUAGAAUGUUGAUGUGUGUUUUAAAUUUUUUUUUAAGUUUAUUGCCGGUUUUUAUCUUUUUAAUAUUUUCAAAUUGUUGUUUUUACUGAUAAUUUUACUGCUUUGUUCUCUUCGUAAACUGCUUUGACGGUUUUGUAAGCGGUGUGUGUAAACUUUAUGAACUAAAUAAAUUAUUAACGUUUCUAAGCAUUGUAUGUAGAAGCCAUACAGAGAAGAAAGCAACAAUAACAAAAUCACCGUAAAACCAUAAAAUGCUCACCUUUUAAAAUCCCUGCUGGAGUCAGACAGUCACAUACCUGAAGUUCCUUGUUAACUUUUUAAAAUGGAAACAGGUUUUGUUUUCUUCUCUGCAUUGCAGCUUGUACAGUCCUUUUUUACUAGAUUUUCUACCUGGUUGUGUGUCUUUGCAGCUGCAGUCAAAAUUGACUUUUGCAAAGUUAGUUGGCAUGUUAAUUACGUUCAAAAGAGGAAACCCAUCUGUAAAUCAAACACUAGGGAUUUAGGAAGCGAAAGAAAGGGGGCUGCUGGUUAAAGGAACCCUUCCCCCACCGUGGGAAUUGGGAGACCAGCAAUAUCUAGGGGGCACAGGUUCCCCACCCCACUUCUAAUAGGAUGGUGGAGUCUUAGGAUUGUGGCCAGCACUAUACCUACUCAGAGUGGACCCUUUGAAAUGCAUGGACCUUAGCCACAGCCGUUGAUUUUAGUGGGUCUUUGAGUAAGACUAGUGUUGGAUACAAUCCAGCACCUCCCUGUGAGUGUUUCUGUUCAAUAUAUGUGUGUAUUAUAGGAUGUAUUAAUUUACGUGUUGCCUUUCACAUGUGUUUCAAGUUGACUUAAACCAAAAACAGCUAAAGGAACAGCUAAAAAAAACAGCUUGAGUACGAAACUCAGAUAUAUAAGCUAGGCACCAAAUAGCUCCUUAAGCCAUGGAUACAGUCGCCAAAACGGAAUGUCUGGUUUCCAUUUUGGGGCAAGACGGCUCUGAAGUCUUAUUUUUCAAACGAUGAACUGACUGUGAUUGUUUCUCAGUUAAACAUCUGGCUAGUUCAGAUGGCAACCUUGAGCUAGAUUAAGAGCUUUGAGAACUUAAAUAAAAGUCACUUGAUCCAGGGACAGCCCACAUAUAUUUUGGCCUGUUUCAACCUCUUUCUUAAUGGUGACUGCUCCUGCUCAGGCUGCACAGAAAAUGCAUUUUGGUUCCAGAAAUUCAUUCUGAUUGUACAGAUAAAAUAUAACUGGUAGAAUUCUACAGGAUGGGGCAUUAAUGUGUGAAAACAGUCCAGAUCCAAUGAUCCCCAGACAUGCAUCUCCAGAUAGUGGAGAUUUCAGGCGCCGUCCUGGCACCCAGUCAUCUUCAAGUGGUCAAAAGCCAGGUGCAAAAUGUGCUUGGCUCUUGGCUAAUUUUGAACACUGCAUGCGGCUGGAAAGGCUUGUUGAAACAGAAGUGUUACUGUUUCUGGGAAGUACAAAUAAGGGGGUGCCUGCUGUAUCUCAAAAGAGGUGCUGUUCCACAGAUUGGGGCAGCCACCCAGAAGGUCCUGCUGCGAGUUGCUGUGGAGCAGGCCUGAAUGGUCUCUUCCCCCUCCUUCUUACUGCACGGUGUGGCCAACAGAGGCUGGUUUUUAACUCUCUCCCCCCCCCCCCCAUGUUUCAGGCUUCGCCGGAUCGACGCCUUCGCCUCUGUCCUGUGGCUCCUGGUGAUGGGCUUCCACUUGGUGGAGCGCUACCUGCAGGCAGACACCCCCAGCUGGCUCGACACAGCCAAGUUCGGCACCACCUCGCUGUGCUGCCUGGUGGGCUUUGCGGCUGCUGUGGCCACCCGGAAACCAACGGGCCAGCGGAGAUCCCGGCCCCGAAGGUCAGAGCCAGAACAGUGACUGUCGGGGGCGGGACAGAUACCCUGAAAAAUCCAAGCCUUCAAAUUCACUGCCGCUGGCGCUUCUCUUUUCUCUCCCUUCCUCUCUCUUCCUCCCUGCCCCCUUUUAAUUUUGUUUUAGGUUGCUUCCCUCCCCCACACACUUUCUUCCCUCCUUUCUUACUAUACCUUUAAGAAACUGUGAAGCAUCUUCCUUCUCCCCACUGGCUGUAGCACAAUUGCAGGCCUCUCCCAGUUGCUCCAGUACUCCUUCAUCCUCCUCCAUCUAAACCCCAGACGCUUCUAAAACAAAUCACACUCCGUGAAUUGCUCCACUUUGUGUGAACUGCCAUAUAACACGUCGUCCAUCUCAGUUUUUGUUUUCGUUUGGAGGUGGGAAGGCUCUCUUUUUUACCCUUUUUCCGUGGUGUGUGUACCACCAGUUAUUUACGGUGAGAAUCCCCAUCUCAACUUGCCGUUGAUGCUGCAGAAUCUAAACCAGUUUGAAAUGGGUUUUGCUGUUGCGUCUUCCCUCAGUACUCCCAAGAAUUUUGUGUGCACAUGCAUUUUCUUUUUAAAGAUUUUGCGAGUGUUGAGAAUCAGUAGUUGGCGACCUUUUAGAACUGAACUGUAUUUCCCAGGAUUCCUUCUUUAGUUGGGAGCUGUGAUGGUUCCAACUUGAUUGAAACUAGUUUAAAUGUAUAGUGUAGGAGUGCUUUAAGGGAUUAGGUCUGCUUACAUUUUGUGUGUGUGUGUGUUCUGGAGUUUCUAAUUUUUAUACUGACGUACAUUUUUUAUAACAAUACUACAUAAAUAGUGGAGUGGACUUGAAGUGGCUCUUAGCUGGACUCCCCCUAACUUCCUUAUUCUCAGUUUAUCCUCUGUUAACAGCAUGUUGCUGCUUGUGUCUUUUAAAUUUCUGAAAUAAUGGGGGGGGUGACUUAAUUAGCAACAGCAAAAAACACCCUCUCUUGAUUUCAGUUCAAGUUGUGUUGUGCUAACCUUUGUUUAAUGUAUGGCCACUUUAGCCUCCCCCCCCCCCAGUCUCCCCCCCCCAGUCUCCCCCCCCCCCAAAUCCCCGCCCUUAAGCCUUAGUUCCAGCCAUCCUGGGAUCCAAAGUGGAUCAGGAUGCUUGUCGUUCCGUCAAAGAUGGUGACAUCAGCCACACUGAUGCUGAUUUUUAAAAGGGGAAAGGGCGCAGUGAUGUUGGCAGCUUCCUGUACGCUGAGCCAGCCGAAAUGAGCCAAGAACCCUUCCUUUCUCCUUCACAGUCCCGUCUAUAAUGAUGUCUGCCAAGAAUUCAGUGCUCAAACAAUAGGGUGCCCGGCCGAGUCUCUUCCAUUCACUGGAAGCCCUAUCAGUCUCAGCUCUCCCCCUGCGUCUCUUUAUUGAACAUAUCUUUGCCUUAUUUGCUGGUAUGGAGUUGAACGUCAUUCUUUUUUAAAAUAUAUAUAAUUUUAUUUCAUAACAUUUAUACACCCCUUGAUUGUAAAAAAAUAAAAAGGCUCAAAACAGUUUACAAAAAGGUAAAAAGAGUUAAAACUAUUUAAAACCUCCUACGAAAUAAUCAGUGAUAAGCUAAAAACAGAUUAAACACCUGUCAGCAAUCUACAUGUCUAGGUAGGCUUCUCUAAACAGAAACGUGUUUAACAAGUGCUGAAAAGACCGCAGCGAAGGCAUUUCUUUGGUGUCAGUAGGCAAGGAAUUCCAAAGUGGGUGCUGCUACACUAAAAGAUGAGUUUCUUGCAAAUACAGAACGGGUAUUAUGUGGCACCUGGAUCAGUGCCGGUUCUGCACUGGCAUUUUUAAACAUAACCUUGCUUUUAAAAAACUAUACUUUGCAGCACACAUCAAACACAAACCCCGAGGGGUAGAGUCCCUGUGGCACCCACCCAAUCCAAGGGCUUGAUCAGCCCUCUGCUGUUUGCCUUUAGCAAAGCCACAUCAUUGAGCACUCCUGUGACCCUCUGAAUUGUCUCUUGGCAGCUUUUCCUGCUAAAAUAGUGGUGUUCCUAAUCCUGUAAGACAACGAAGAAGGAUCACUGUUUAUUAUCAUUGUUUUUUGAUUUCUUCACCGUAAGGUCCCAGGUGAGGUUAAAACAGUUUUUUUUUAAAAAAAAAAGAUUGAAAUUGGUUGAAAUAAUUUACAGUUGGAAAGAUAGUGUGGACCCUAAAUAUAUAUUUGUUGCAGCAACUUACAGAACAGAAGUUUUAAAUUCUUACAGCAGACUAUUUCAGCUUCCUCCUUCCCAUCAGUUGCUCUGAUAAGUGAUGCUAUUCCCAAAGGCGGUGGCUACAGAGCUUUGAGGAUACAGUGCUCAGAAGGCCUUCAUUUGCUAUUAGAAUGUAAGGUUUCUGGGUUGUUCUGUCACUAUAAUAGAUGUGUAGUUUCAGUGACUGGCUGCAUCCCACCAGGACAAACUUGUGCCAUUUGAUGCUUUAAUUGCUAUAUUUCAUCUAAAUAGUGUCUGAUGUCAGAGGCCAGGGUGAAGAGGUGCAUCGUCAGCCUAUGCUGAAAGCUAGGAAGGUGCCCGUUGCAACUCUGUAUGAAGUGCUUGUUCCGAAAACCUUCCAGGGUUCUUAUUUUUAAUUGUGGACCGGCUGUUGCCUUUUCCCACGCCCUCGAUAGACUGAUGACCUUUAAUGUCGUAUUCGUGAUUGUUUAUUACCAGAUUGGUUCACAGCUUGAGUGGGAAGGCUCUGCACACCCUUUUAUAGUCUUUCUAUUUAUAAUAUUUUAGCUUUCUCCCUUGAAGGAACACUCACGCAGCUUUCCCCUUUUUAUCUGCCACAGAACUCAACUGUGUUGCUUACCUGCCACAGAACACGCUUAAGGCAGAGAUUUCCAGACUUGUUCCAAAUCUGAAAAUUGUCUUCUGAGCAAUCUCGUUUGUCUGUGGCUGGCUGCGGGGGAUUAUAGAAAAUAUUCUGCGAUAUACGCACACCAUUCAUUGAGGCAGGAGACGGUUAGGGCUUCUUCACGCCAGCUGUGCUGUGAUUGCAUGAGACCUAACACCAUUCUCCUUGGCUUCGUGUUGCAAGGGAAGAAGGGGUAAUAGGUUGGAGUGGCCAUCCUAGAGGGAAGCUUGUCUUCCACUAUUGAAAAACAUUAAUCAAAAUACAUCAGAACACUCUUAGAACCAUGCACUAAAAUCUAGUUUGCCCUGACAGCAGCAUAGAGGUCAGCAUCCUCUGCACUUCGCUUCCAAAGGCCUGUUUGAACAGGAAGGUCUUAGCCUGACAGCAGAAGGAUAACAAAGAAGGAACCAGGCUAACCUCUCUUGGAAGGGAAUUCCGCAUUGUGGAAGCAGCCACAGAAAAGGCUCCCCCCCCCCCUUCUGAUGCUGAUGGGUCUGAGAGAAGGCGCUCACCUGAGUAUCUUAGCACUGGGCAGGGUUGUAUAGGGAAAUAGAUCUUUCAGGUAGCCUGAAUAGCUCAAGCUAUUAUCCCUAGCAUGAUGAAUUUUAUUCUUUAUUGCUGUUCACUAAACCUUUGCAUGUUCCUUUUUUUUUUCAUGUGUAUGGUUGGGGUGGGGGCUGCUAUUAUACUUACUUUACCCUAAACACGUUAUCCUCUAUCUCUACCCUCUUUCACUCCCUUCUUUCCAAAAGUGUGUGUGUGUGUGGCUCAAUGGGCUGAUGGUGCUUCCCUUUGCUUUUUGCUUUUCAAAAACUGCUUUAACUUUGGUUGUUGUUGGUUUUUCUUUUUAAUAGCCUGCUUUUGCAAACACGAAACUAUUUUAUUUCUUUUGUCACUGCAUGAAGGCUGGCGAUUGAAUUUAGCCUCAUUAGCCAACGUGAUUAUUUAUUCUCUAAUAUUAUUAUAUUAAAAGCGUAUUUAACAGAGGCAAAUAGCUUCCUUCCUUUUAAAAGCUCUUUUUUAAAGUCACAAAUAUAGAAGGUAGGUUAAAGGGGAAUGGGGGGGGGCGUGUCAUAUAAAGAGUUUUUCCUUCUGUACGUACUACUUACGGUAAGGAAAAGUGUAGCCAUUAUUGUCUUGUUCCCCCUGAAAAAAAUAAUGUUUGAUAAAACCUUCCUUUGAAGGAACAGUGUCUAGUUCUGAAGGGUGUAUAUGUGUGAAUAUCAGUCUGUCUUCUGUGAAAUUUGCUAGGUUCUAUGAUGGAUGCGGGUGGUGCUAUAGUCUAAACCACAGAGCCUAGGACUUGCCGAUCAGAAGGUUGGCGGUUCGAAUCCCCGCAACGUGUGCUCCCGUUGCUCGGUCCCUGCUCCUGCCAACCUAGCAGUUCAAAAGCACGUCAAAGUGCAAGUAGAUAAAUAGGUUCUGCUCUGGCGGGAAGGUAAACGGUGUUUCCGUGUACUGCUCUGGUUCGCCAGAAGUGGCUUAGUCAUGCUGGCCACAUGACCCGGAAGCUGUAUGCCGGCUCCCUCGGCCAGUAAAGCAAGAUGAGCGCACAAUCCCAUAGUCCAUCUUGCUUGGUUUUGUCUACACUGACUGGCAGCAGCUCUCCGGGGUUUCAGAUAGAGAACCUUCCCAGCCCUGCCUGAGAAUGCCAGGGAUUGAACAUGGGACCUUCUGCAUGCAAAGCAGAUUCUCUACCACUGAGCUAUGGCAAAUCAUGGUUUUCAGUUCUGGGCUGCCAGGACAUUGCAAAGUGUCCAUUCAGAGUCCCGCUAAACCAUCAUCAAGCUCCCUGGCCUAUGACUGGCACAGUGCCCAAACUGAUCCUACAAAGAGCACCCUGCAAUCCAUCACUAAGAUGAGAAGACCUAAGGCUGAAAAGGGCAUGCUAGCCACAUGCUCUGUGUGGUCUUAAUGUGGUCUUGCUGCUGAACAUGCAUUGCGGGGGGUUGGACUAGAUGACCCUUGGGGAUUCCUCCCAACUCUACAAUUCUGUCACUUUGCCUAAAGAGAGGAGGGGAUCCUUGAAUGGGUUGCCUCUCCCACUUCCUCCACUGGGCAGGUCCUUAUGCAAAUUAGGUGUCAUCCCCUCACGUAGGACAGCAACAUCACUCCAGCUCCUUCCUGCCUGGCUCCCCAGUGCAGGUUGAGUGACAGAAGGCACCUGUCACCCUUGUAUUUUGAUGAUAUAUUUACAGGAGCAUAUGCAUUCAGAAAAAUGGCUCUGCCUGGUUUGGAGGACUGCUAGCCCUAUCACUAGGAACGCUAUCAAAGCAAUACCAAAUGACACCUUGUGGUGGAUAUGUGUGAAUGUAUCGCAGCCUCUUUCGAAAUUCCUUUCCGGUAGGCGAGUGGGGUUCUGAUAUGUACUUGGGACUGUGGCACGGAGUGAGGGAGCUAUUUAUCUCUCCCCCAGCCUUACCCCACACCAAAGAAAGACAUUCUGCAGUAGCAAAGACAUAAAUGUGCCUUUGUUACCAGAGCGAGCAGCAGCUGGGGAGGGGGCAGCAGAGGGUUUCAUCAGGAGAACAGCACAAGGAGGAAAAAUUAAUACUCUCCUCCUCUGUGCCACCUGAUUCUGGAUUGGAGCCCCUCACUGCUGUGAUCAGAUUCUCUUUUUAAAAAUAAGAAUGCAUCCAUGAACCUCUGCUGCAAUGUGGUGUUUGACCCUAAAAGAGGUUAUGGGAAAGCUUUAGACCUACCAGGUGUCGUUGGACUUCAGCUCCCCUCGCUUUCAACCAUUGGCUGUGCUUGCUGGGGCUGAUGGGAGUUGGAGUCCAACAACAUCAAGAGGGCCACAGGUUCCCCAUCCCUAAAACAUCUCUGUGUGUGCACGCAUUAAAAGUUGCUCUUUAAUACAUUGUGGAUGUUGCAGGAAAACAACUGAAAAGCAGGCUUCCUUGAGUUAUACUCGCCAAGUGGAUCUGAGCCAUCGCACUGGAAGGUUCUGAUUUCCUGGUGGCUGCUGGGAAAGACAUGGCAACCUGCUGCAUGGUGGCCCUGACCGAGAAGGUGGCAGCUUUCAAACAAUCCAUAUCUCGGCUUAUUAAGUCAAGAUAAGUCAAAGCUCUUUGACCAGGCUCUCUUCCCCUUCACUCCUCUCCUUUGCUGCAAAACCACAGUUGGAAGCCUCUUACUAGCCACAGUUUCCUAGUUUUCUUUUUCCUUUCGAACCAGGAAACCAUGGUUACCCACUUCAACACAAGCCAAGGAUAUUUUAAGCCAUGGCUUGAAGUUGUUUUUCACAGCUUGGUUUGCUUCAAAGGUACAUAGUUAUCUCGGCCAGAUAACUAUGGGCAAAGGUCAGGUGUGGGGUUUUCUCCUUAGGCCCUCCAGAUGUAGCUGGACUCCCAACUCCCCAUCAGCUGGACCAGCAAGUAUGGUCAGUGGCCUGGAAGAAUGGGGAGCUGUAGUUCCUAACUACAUCUGUAGUCACAACAAUAUCUGGAGGACCAAAGGUUCUGCACACCUGACUGAUCAAAUUGUGGCUUGCACAAAGGGAAGAGUGAGCAGGCUUGCACAUGAGAAAAUGUAAAAUGGACACUCUCCGUGUUACACCAGUGACUUAAUGAAGACUCCGGAUGAGUGGUAUUGGAGUGUUCCUGCGUCACCUGUGAUCCAGAGACAUUUUUUGCAUGAUUUGGAAUGGGGAGAUAAACUCACAAUACUUACAUUCAUCCAAAGUUUCCACACCUCGGUCAGGUGCUGGGGGUGGUCUUUCUCUUCUUCCUUCCCUUUUCUCAAUUUGGUCCAGAUUCCCUUUGGGAGAAAAAGGUGCAGUUCUGCUGCCCACACUGAUUUGUGCCUCAAGGUGCAUGCAUCCGCUUCGGUGUGAGUUUAGCUGUCCUUUUCUCCCCUUCCUCUGCAAACCCAGAAAAUAUGUGAGCACAUAGCAUAUACCUCAGCACUGUACACUGUCCCAUGAUCAACUUGAUGUGUCUUUAUUUAUUAUUAUUAUUAUUAUUAUUAUUAUUAUUAUUAUUAUUACUAAGCUUUUUAAAAAUCUCAUAUUUUAUGUAGCAUAACUGUGCCUCGUUGUUUAGUAACACACUUAUCAUUGUUGUAAACACUACUUGAACUGCCAAGUUUUGAAAAAUAAAGGGCUCCUUAGCCGUACACCUUUUCAAAAAGAGCUUUUGACUCCACAUCCUUCUUUUUUUGUUUGUUGACUUACUUUCACUGCUCCUACUCCUUGGCAGUUUUGCGUUGCUGAAUUCAAGCAUGCUUUAAAGGGGUUCUUUCCCAUUUUUCUUGGCUGCCAGUACUGCAGGUGGGGCAAUUUGUUCUAAUCGCCAACAGAGAAAUUGUAGUACAAAAUCAAUAAAUCUUGAAACCUGGCCCCAAGUGCACCAUGAGGACUAGUAACAGAGAGCAAGCCAAACAAUAGGAAGCCAGUGUAAUCUGCAUCAAGGUAAAUUAUGCUGGUCUAUUUUAUGCCUGUUCCAAAUUCUGUUCAGGAGUGGAGCUACUGGCAGCCGAGCUGGCCCAAGCCUAGCAGAAGGGUGGGGGGAAGCUAUUAAAACAAAGUUUGACGACUUCCACCUUUUUUUUCCUGGUGUAACUUCUGUGUUGCUAGGUCACAUGACUGAGCUGAAGGAAGUUUGGAACGGGUACAACUUCCACAAAACAUCAGUCUUUUGGAUUUGCCCCAGCUGUCCUAGGAUAGAGGACUUAAGGCCAGUGAAGGCAAAGAUCUGCCUCUUUCCAUCUCUGCUCAUUCCAUCUGAUCUCGGGUUUGAAUGUCUCCCCAACUUGUUCCAAAGUGAAAGCUCUUGGGAUUUGAAAGGAAUCUUUUUUGACCAAGAAGCCUGGGGGAUCCCUCAACCCCCUCAGAGGCUGCCCAAGACCACCUCCUUUUUGUAUAUUCAUAGAGCCGUAGAAUUGUGAAGUUUUAAGGGACCCUGAGGAUUAUCUUGUCCAACCCCCUGCAAUGCAGGAAUAUGCAGUUGUCCCAUACGGGGAUCGAAACUGCAACCUUGGCAUUAUCAGCACCACGCUCUAACCAACUGAGCUAUCCAGCUCCAUCCUUCAGACAAGAAUUAGCAUCUGCAUUACUGAUGAUUUGGCUUACUUUCCCCCCUUUUUAGUAGCAUACUUCAAUUUGCUCCUUAAAACUUAACGUUUUGUUAAAAGUCUUUUCUUGGUACUAGAUAUUCCACCCUUUAAAAGAACAAACUGUUGUAUCCAGAAACAACCUUCCUGGCCCAAAAGCUCAAGAUUCCCCUGAGAGAUCCAUUUACCUAGCAGUGAAUCUGAGACCUGCUUCAACUAAAUGUCUGUAGCUCUGUCGCUGAGCCCACGGCUUCUGUGGGUCACUGCAACAUGUGCUUUAGCUAGUCCUUGCCUCUUAUUCCACCCACCUUGCCCUUCUUGUGGUAUUCUGCCUUCUCAAGCACCCCUCCCAAGCUUAGCUGCUGUUACAGAUUCCUGGCUGGUGGAAGAGCUGACGCUUGCAUCUUUAAAAAUGUUCGUAUACUGUCUUCUCUGCCCUUCAAAGCAUCCUGCACACAGCAUGUUAAACAAGGAGGACUGUGGUUCUGCUGCAAUCCUUCGCCUAUCUGGUGCCUUCUGGAUGCUUUGGACUACAACUCCCAUCAGCCACCUGUGGCUGAUGGGAGCUGUAGUACCCAAACAUCCGGAGGGCCCCUGGAUUGCAGAGGCUGUUCUGCAGCGCCUCAUGGAUGAGACACAGAAAGAGGAGCUCUCAUUGCAAAACCUAGGUCUGGCAAAGGGUGAGUGUUUUUGUGUGCAAGAGAAGGGCCAUGAUCCUGCCAACCGAAUCAUAGAAUUGAAGAGUUGGAAGGGACCGCAAGGGUCAUCUAGUCCAACCCGCUGCAAUGCUGGAAUCCCAACUAAAGCAUCCUCCCACAGCCCAAUAUCCAUGGCUGGCAUUAACAAACACUUCACUUUCGUCUUUGAAUGAGGGGCUCACAGAAUCUGAGAAUCUUGGGGUGUUUUUUGCAGUUCUUUCAAGGCCAGAGAGAAAAUCUUCUGCACACUUAAUUUACUUUUUCCCAGCCUCCAUGAUCCAAAUUCUCUCCUGUGAAAUCCCAACAGGCGAUGGCUUCCACAACCAUGGUUCUCCAUGCCUCAAGAUUUAUAAGGUCUCUUCUGCAUUCUUUCUGAAAGGGGGGGGGGGAAUCCACCUCUAUUAUUGCCAUAAAAGUUUCUGUUCUGCAUCCAGCAGCAGGAGACAGUCUGGGACUGCUUUCUGUGUUCUAAAGCUUUGAAUGGCGCCCCCCCCCCGCCCUCCCUUCCAGGCUCUUCUUAGCCAAUGGCUGCGAGGCAUGCAGAUGAGCCCUGAUAACUGGCCUAUCCAUGAUGCCAGAAUUGGAAUGCAAAGCAGGUCAUAAGAGUCUUGCAAGGGAGGGGGAGAAGGAGAGCAUUUUGCAGCAUUUAAAAGUGCAUUUGUUCAAAAUACACAAGGCAGCUCUCCUCUUUUUAAAGUCCUGAUAAGAUGGAGCUACCAUCCGCUCUGGAGCUGAUGUCAAGUAAGCACAAAUAGAGGCAGCCCAGUUCUGUUUAGGUUUUCUGGUAAGCAAAUCCUAUUGAAUUCAGCGUUACUUCAAAGUAAAUGGGCAUUUGCUUGCAGUUUUCAACAGUAUGUUAACUUUACUGUCACCAUCUAUUUGCAGAGGUGCACCCAUCUAUAAGUCACGUAUGUGAAGUCAAAUGCUUUUCAUGCAUGAAAAGACCCUUUGGAUUUUGUUUUGGGGGGGGGAAUCAAUAAAAUUACUUUAAGUCCUCUUUGGCACACAUCCUUUUGAUAUGGAGCAGCAGGUAAUGGCUUUAUUUUUGAAGCCAUUCUGAUGAAAUUCCCCAACUGCUUUUCAGUCCCCAUGGUUUAGCCCUAUAAAUGGUAGUUCAUCUGCCCCACCUCUCUAUUUUAUCUUCCCAACAACUCUGCGAAGUGGGAAGGAUGCAACGAGCCUAAGAUCACCCAGUGAGCUUCAUGGCAAAGUGGAGUUUUUCCUGGUUUUUGGCUUCCAACGUUUGCAACGUUUCUGGCCAAUAAUCUUCUCCUGCAUAGUAUCCAGAGUAGUUCUUUAUGUCCUAAAACUUUUGCUUGAUGUCUCUGUUCAGCUCUGGGAUUUUUGACUAGGUUUUAACACAUUUUUAGCUGCUGCUGACACAACUGAGACAAAAUCAGUGCCUAGGCUCCCUUUUUUCCCUCUUCACACCUAGGUCGCUUUUCCUUUUGUGCCAUGUCUUUUGUGAGCCUGAGGGGCACAAGGGCUGUCUUGUCAUGGGUAUUUGGGAGCCUUUUUCAGCUGAAGAGCACAACAAAAAUGCCUUGUCGUCAUAGCCAUUUUGCCUUGUAACCACGAAGCUUUAAUUAAUGGGAAGGGGGAAUCUUAUGAUGAGCGGCCACGACCCACCAAGAUUUUAGGAGGAACUGUGGCAUGAGAAAUGCACACACUGCAGGACAUGGGUGUAGUUCUCUUCAGCGAUUUGGAUAGAUGGAUGGAUGGAUGAUUGAGAUCCCCAAAGACAAGGUAGGUGAUGGAGGGCUUUCAGUUACCUGUAUCAACCCUUUGCAAAUGAUGUAGCUUGUUUUUAUACUGCAUGCACAUGUAUAAGAACAUAAGAAGCUGCCUUAUACUAAGUCAGAGCAUCAGUCCAUUGCUAUCUCAGUAACGUCUUCAUGGACCGCUAUCUACUCUCCAGGGUUUUAGGCAGGAGUUUGUGCAGGAGACUGAACCUAGUACCUUCUGAAGGCAAAGCAAGUUUUCUACCCCUGAGCUGUGGACCUUCCCUGAAGGUGUAGGGACACAGGAAAUCACCUUAUUUUGAUUCCAUCUAGCUCAGUAUUGUCCUUACAGACUGGAAGUAGCUCUCCAGGGUUUCAGCCAGAGCAUCUCUCCCAGGCAACGUUUGCCAGAAAUUGAACCCGGAGCCCAUUGCAUGUGCUGCUCUUGCAGAGCCCUAUAUAGAUGACAGGGUACUUGAGAACAUAAGAGGAGCCUGGUUGCUGGAUCAGGCCAGUGGCCCAAAUGGGAAGCCUGAAAGCAGGUCCUGAGUGCAACAGGGUCUCUUCCCCACUUGUGAUUCCCAGCAACUGAUAUCCAGGGGCACACUGACAUUGGAGGCAGGGCAAUAGCCAUUGUUUCUACUUGUUGACUGUCCUGUGUAGAAUUGGGGGGGGGGGUGCACAUUCUUAGAUUCGUUGGCACAUAAUCUCACCUGCAAAUAAUCUCACCUGCAACAAUGCCUCCUCAGUGUGAUUUUGCUGAAUUUCAACCCCGCUAUGGCAACUUUUCCCUUUCGACCCCAGCUAGAACUUUGUCUCAGGUGCUGUUGGCCUCUUGAAAUCAAUAGGGAUCAUUUUCUCUUCCAACCCUGUUGUGGAGCAACCAUUAUACCCCACCCCACCCCCAGGAUUGCAAGUAGCUGCUCUCCCAGUUAUUUAACCACUUUUUGAUCAGGGCAAGAGGAGGAGGAAUUGUCCUAUCGUUCACCGUGGGGAUGUAUGUGUGUAGGGGCAAGAACUUUAAAAGCUUUGGGACUAGAAGCUUGUGUGUGUGUGUGUGUGUGUGUGUGUGUGUGUGUGCGUGCAUGUGCAUAUUAAUAAUUUAGCCUUCUGGAAGUUAGGGCCUCUAUAAUAAAUCUGUAUUAGGAAAAACAUGCAACAUGUUCCUCUCUUUUAAAAGAAUGCAAGGUAGAGAUUUUUGAGUCAUCUCAGACUAGAAUCAGGCAGCUUUCCUGUUGAUAUUUUCAGCAGCGUGGAGAGUGUUGACAUUUAGACCUCUUUCUCCCAAUCUCUAGUUGUUGCCAAACCAUUCGGCGCAGCUGGGGCAGGUCUUAACAGGGGCAUUGAUCUUAACAUAGGAGUAGGGCAUGCAUGGUGCAACACAGGUAAAUAUCCCAAUAAGUUUUACCCUCUAAGUGUGUUGAGUUGGUUUCUUCAAAUGAAAUUUCCAGAUCCCAGUAUUGGGAACAUUGUCUUCUACACCUUUACAAACCAUUUUCAUAAGUGUGUGACAGCACAGCGGGAUAGCUGCUGGUAAGAAAAUGAGACUCUAAUCUCAAGGUCGUGGGUUUGAGCCACGUUGGGUGAAAGAUUUCUACAUUGCAGGGGGUUGGACUAGAUGACACUCAUGGUCCCUUCCAUCUCCCAUGAUUCUUUGUGGUCUGGUGUUGCUAAAUGCUUGAGUUGUGAAUCAGGAAAUCUCUUGUUAGAAUUAACAAGGUGGUCUUGGGCAAGCCGUUAAUCAUCUCAGCUUCUCAUCAGACCUACCACCCAGCAUGGUCAUAACAAUUUAUGAAAGGUCACUCUGACGAGCUUUUGAAACCCUUUACGAUUAAAAGACUUAAUGAUGGUGGUGAAAACCAUCUAAAGGACAUCAGCCCCAGCCUCACAGGCUCUCCAUCCUUGGAUUAAAGGGUCCUAGGAGCUGAAAGCACCACACAAAAAAGAGGCUCCCUGUUGUGUCUCUGCAUGAGUGUCUGAUCUGACUUCUAUUACUCUGUAGAACUACAGUAACGAGGGUUGUAUCCUGAAGCUUCCAUUGUCGUUGAUGGACUUGUAGGCUAUGCUCCACCCAUACUGUGUUCAAACCAUACAUUUAAAGCAUCAUGUUACCACUUUAAACAGUCCUGGCUUCUCCCAAAGAAUUCUGGGAGCUACCAUUAGUUACGUGUGCUGAGAGUUGAUAAGUGAGACCCCCUAUUCCCCCACCACAGAGUGGCUUCACACUCAAUCCCAGGGAGCUCUGGGAACUGUAACUCUGGGUGGGGAAUUGCAAUAUAUCCUAACACUUCUCAGCACCUAUAACAAACUACAGCUCCCAGGAUUCUUUUGGUGGAAGCCACUGCUGUUUAAAGUGGUGCCACACAGCUUUAAAUAGUAUGCUGUGAGUGUGUCCCUACUCAAGAGUAGGCCCAAUGAAGUCAAUAGGCAUAGCAGACUUCAGUUCAUCAGUUUCAUUGAACCUGCGCCGAGGAUACCUUUGUUGGAUUAUGGCCCUAGUUCUUCAGAAUACUGUCUCUGUGGGCUGAUAAUGCACUGAAAUGGCAAUAAUUUCAACUGUGUGCUAAACUGCUCUGUGAAAAUGGUUUUGCAGUGGGCUGAGCCUACCAAGUGAAUUGCCCUUUCGGGUCUCUCGUCCGCAGGUACCUCUCUGGGGAUGGUUUCUCUCCGUUUCCGUACGGUGUUGAUCUUGGCUUUCCAUCGCCUCCUCCUUCUCCCUCCAUCUUCAUCCCGACUCCUCCCAGCAUGCUUCCACUGACCAGCCAGACACUGUUCCGCUCACCGCGCCGGACUUCCUCUUCCUCUCUCCCUGGAAGGCUGAACCGGGCCCUCUCCCUGGGCACUAUCCCUUCUCUGGCCCGAACCGGUAAGAUCAUAAAAGAGGCAAGGCAAUAGCCACAAGCCAAAGCAUUUCUUUAUUUGAUUUCGCACUUGCACCCCACUUUUCCAGCGAGCCCAAAGCUGCCCUCGCAGAUCAUUAACAACAGCUGCAAAAAUUAGUAAAACAUUGCAAAAAAAAAAAAAGCAGAUCCAAGACAGAUGCAAACCGGGAAAUAUCUUCCACCUUAAAUACCUUGCUGGAAGAAGAGGAAGGUUUUUCUUAGGCGCCAAGAGAUGGCACUUGCCUAAGAUUCAAGGGGAGGGGAUUCCAGAUGGCAGCAGCCUCCACACUAAAGGUCUGCUUCCUACUUUGUGCAGAAUGGGACUCCUCAUAAGGUGGUAUCUACAGGACUCCCUCACCUGCAGAGUUCUGUCAUCGGCUAGGCAUUUACAUUGGUGCCUCAGGUUACAUACGCUUCAGGUUACAAAUUCUGCUAACCCAGAAAUAGUGCUUCAGGUUAAGAACUUUGCUUCAGGAUGAGAACACAAAUCGUGCUCUGGUGGCGUGGCGGCAGCAGGAGGCCCCAUUAGCUAAAGUGGUGCUUCAGUUUAAGAACAGUUUCAGGUUAAGAACGGAUCUCCAGAACGAAUUAAGUACUUAACCCGAGGUACCACUGUAAAGGAGUGAUAGGAUCUUUUGGGUAUCCUUGUCCUGAGCUGUAUAAGGGGCUUGUGCACCAGCACCUUGAACUUGCCCUGCUAGCUAAGUGAUAACUUACUGCUCUGUCUAAGGCCAGUUAGGCCAAGUGAUAACUGACUACUGAGGCCUUGUUGCCACAGGACUGAUCCAGCUGCAGACGUGUGUCAGAAGACAUCUGCUCGGUGCAAGACAGUACAGAUGCACAUCCAUAAAGGGAUGAGCACCUUCGACAUGCUCUUUAGCUGUGGUUCCUGCAUUGCAAGGGGUUGGACCAAGAUGAUCCGCAUGGUCCCUUCCAAAUCUACCAUUCUGUAAUCCUGUGACAUUUUCCUGGCAGCUUGGGACAAGCCUCAGGGCUGCGAGUCGGAGAAGGAAAACAGAAGGAUCCUUUGAGCAAAAGGGAUUUAGGAGAAAGAUGGUAGGAGGGAGCUGGGGGUGGACCGAGGGAGAAAUGCAAGAGGGAUACGGAACGAGAGGCGCUCCCAACGCUUUUCGGAAACUGGUGGCUUGAUGGGAUUCCUUUUCGUGGCUGCUCUGUUUAACUUUAUUCCUCCUGGCUUGACACAACAUCUUCGCUCAAUAUGUAUAUAUAUUUAAAAUGCUCAACCACCCUCUGCAGAAAGCCUCUCUGGAGAAAAUUGAUACGGUCAUCUCAUCCCUGGCUGGAAAGCCCCAACUUCACUGGGUGGGGUCUGCAGAACAACUAUGUCAUCUAAGUUGAACUUCCAUUUUCAGGCGCAGUCUACCUCGGCACUAGGAACUGGGGAGACAAAGUGUCAGGUGCCUUCCUACUCUGAUUUGGGGCUUUCUGGCCAUGCGGGAGAUGGGAUCCUAGACUUAGAUGGGCUUUUGAGCCAGCACUAUCAGGACUCUUACUUUCCUUUAGUGGGAAGGGGCAUAGGCCAGUGGGAACUGUACUGUUGAGAAUGUAUUAAGUUAUGGUCUGCGUGUGUGGUUUGGGAGCUGCACAGUCAGGGGAAAAACAAUGUUGUCCAGGGUUUUAAAGACUGCGGAGAGAAUAAUUGGGUGCACUCUCUCUACCUUGGAUCAAAUCUGUGCUUCCAGGUGCCAUAAGAAAGCUGCAGAGAUAGUGCAGGAUAGUGCGCACCCCGGAAAUUAUCUCUUUCAGUUUCUGCCUUCUGGAAGAAGGUACAGGGUUAUAAAAACUAGGACUAGCCACCUGAGAAGCUGUUUCUAUUCAAAUGUGAUUUUGGUUUUAAACGCAGUAUAAGAUAGUCUCUAUGGGAGUAUAUUGUAUUUAAUUAUGGGGUAUCAGAGUUUUUAGGGGGCUAACCAGGCUGGGAUAGCAGGCUUGUUGGUUUCUGAAUGUCUAAUGUAGAUUUUCAAUUUCGUUGUUCUGUAUGGGACAAAGACAAUAAAGAUUCGUAUCAUAUCAAAGGGCAUCUGCUUUGCAUGCAAAAGGCUGCAGGUUCAAUCCCUGGCAUCUGCACUUGGGCCUGGAGAGAACCUUCCCUGAAAUCCCAGAGAGCUGCUGCCCGUCAGUGUAGACAAUAUUGAGCAAGGUGGACCAUGGAAGUAACUUGAAUUAUAAAGCAGCUUCCUUAUUAUUUUAGCAGAGGGUAUAAUUCUCACGACAGCCUUGGGCCUCCAGACCCUCAGAGAUGCAUUAUUUGACACUUAUCAUUCAUUUAGCAUUCUCCUAUGUCGUUGGUGAUUGCUGUAGCUGCAUGUAAUUUCAUUUCAUUUUUAUUUUUUUAGAUUCUGGCUACCUCUUCAGCGGAAGCCGGCCACCAUCCCAGACCUCUCACUCCAAAGAGUCUCCUACAUCAGGUGAGAAGAGCCCAGGCAUUGUUCUGGGGUGCUUGAACUUGCCAGGAGGUUCCAGAAAGAGCAGAGAUACCAUUCUCUUUUUUGACCAAAUCACACACACAAAAGAGAGAGAAACACCUUUGUGGUCCUAAAUUGCACCAGUGUUUCCAAAUUAGGCAGGUCGCAGUAGCUUGCUCACACCGGUGACCUGUCUGUCACCCUUCUGAACCCUGUCUGGUUCUCUCACCCACCUUGGAUACAAAGUAAUCCAUGCAGGAGUCACCAAGGAACAGAUCUGCACUGGUUCUAAACUGGUUUUGCAAUCGCAUCUUCAGAUAACACACAGAACAACAUUCUGAGCAGCGUGGCUGGAGGGUGCCAAGACUUCUAUUACCGUAUUUUUCGUUCUAUAGGGCGCACCGGCCCAUAGGACGCACCUCGUUUUUUGGGGGGGGAAAUGAAUAAAAAAAAUUAUCCCCCCCCCCGCCGUGGCUGCCGCCCCAAGCCUCGCUUGCUCGGGCUGCAGGCUACCGCCCAAGCCUCGCGCGCUCGGCGGGACCUCCCACCGGGCGCGCGAGGCUUGCAGACACUCGCCUAAAGCACGGGAGCCCUCCGGAGGGCUCCGCGUGCUUCGGGCGCCAGGCUGCCGCCCCAAGCCUCGCGCACUCGGUGGGACCUCCUGCCGGGCGCGCAAGGCUUGCAGACACUCGCCCGAAGCACAGGGAGCCCUCCGGAGGGCUCCCGUGCUUCGGGCGACAGGCUGCUGCCCCAAGCCUCGCGCGCUCGGCGGGACCUCCUGCCGGGCGCGCAAGGCUUGCGGACACUCGCCCGAGCACGGGAGCCCUCCGGAGGGCUCCCGUGCUUCGGGUGACAGGCUGCCGCACCAAGCCUCGCGCGCUCGGCGGGACCUCCUGCCGGGCGCGCAAGGCUUGCAGACACUCGCCCGAGCACGGGGAGCCCUCCAGAGGGCUCCCCGUGCUCGGCGACAGGCUGCCGCCCCAAGCCUCGCGCGCUCGGCGGGACCUCCUGCCGGGCGCGCAAGGCUUGCAGACACUCCCAAAGCACGGGAGCCCUCCGGAGUGCUCCCCGUGCUUCGGGCGACAGGCUGCUGCCCCAAGCCUCGCGCGCUCGGUGGGACCUCCUGCCGGGUGCGCAAGGCUUGCGGACACUCGCCGGGGCUGCAGGCUGCUGCCUGCAAGCCUUGUGAGCCCGCGGGAACUCCCACCGGGCUUGCAAGGCUUGCGGAUAGCUUCCUGAAGCCUGGAGAGCGAGAGGGGUCGGUGCGCACCGAUGCCUCUCGCUCUCCAGGCUUCAGCGAAAGCCUGCAUUCGCUCCAUAGGACGCACACACAUUUCCCCUUCAUUUUUGGAGGGGAAAAAGUGCAUCCUAUGGAGCGAAAAAUACGGUAGUAACAGCACCAUAUCCACCCCAUCCCAGAAAAUCCUGGGAACCGUAGUUCCCCCUUGCAGGGUUAGCACUCUUAACAAACUACAGUUCCCAGGAUUCUUUGGGGGAAGUCACGUGCUUUCAAGGUGCAAUGUAGAUGUGACCAGAAUUACACUUUAAUACGCUUUAAAGCAGCUUAUCAUGUAUUAUUAUCAUUUAUGAUUAAAUUUAUUACCCAUGUUUCACUAGCAAAUCCUAGUGCAGGUUGCAACAAUUUUAAAAUUCAGAAUUAAAAAAUUAUAGCAGCAGGGUCGCAGGCUGGGUUACAACAAAGAAGUUCCUUUUUGAUCUGUUCUUUUUGUCUGUUGCUGAUUCUAAUUUAUUAUAUAUUACAUUACCCUUGAUACUGUUUCGUUGUAAGCUACACAGGGAAUAAUUAUUAAAGGGCAUCUAUCUAGAUUUACUACUACUAAUAAUAAUAAUAUCAUAAAUAAAGGCUGCAUACACACCAUUACAUUCAAAGCACACAGCUUCACCUAAUGAAACCUGGGAACUGUGGUUUACUGCUUGCAGAGGUACAAUUCCCAGCGCCGUUUAACAAACUGCAGUUCCCAGGGGUUCUUUCUUUUCAGGGGAAGGGAACCUGCUUCAGGUGUCCUUCCACAGUGGUGUAUCGCUGCUUGCUUUUAACUUCUUUGCUCUCGAAUUUGCUUUUCAUUGCUUAAUUCAUGGUUUUCAUCUUUUUAAUGUAAACCACUUCAAUAUACCGUAUUUUUUGCACCAUAACACUCACUUUUUCCCUCCUAGAAAGUAAGGGGAAAUGUCUGUGCGUGUUAUGGAGCGAUUGCCUACGGGUGGCGGGGGGGAUCUGCUGCAGUCGUGAGCAGAGGAUCCAUGGUUCCCCUUCCUUCCCUCCUCCGUGGCUCGCUUUGAAGCAGCAGCAAAGCGUGAGAAGAGCCGCUGAGUGGGGAGGAGAGAGGGACAGAGAGCCUGCUUGCUUUAAAGGAGCAAAGCGGGAGAGGAGAGGAGCCGCUUGCACGAAUGUAAGCGGCUCCUGUCCGGUUGGUUCCUUUAAAGCAAGCAGGCUCUCUGUCCCUCUCUCCUCCCCACUCAGCUCGCUAAAUAGCAGCAAAGUUUUUCAGCUCUCUAAGCCGGGGAUGAGCGGGGAGGAGGAAGAAAAGCAGAGCCUGCUUGCUUUAAAGGAGCAAAAUGGGAGAGGAGAGGCGCCUUCUCCCCUUAUACCCCUCUUCUUCAUUAUUAGCAGCAUCCUUCUCCACCCACCCCACGCAUGUUCCUUCUCCCCUUAAACUCCUCUUCUGCAUUAUUAGCAGCAUCCUUCUCCACACACCCCACGCGUGCUCCUUGUCCCUUGAGUGCUUUUCCUUCCCUCCCCACUUAAAACGUGGUUACAAAGCAUGGAUCCACAUGGAUCCUCAGGAGUUUUGCACUGGGUCACCCCAAAUUCACCAUCAGAUCACAUAGCAUGUCCAUGGCUACAUCUUGCACCAAAAAAAUCACACACCCACUGUUGCCUGGGGCCGCAGUGGUGCAAAAACGUGGUUACAAAGCAUGGAUCCUCAGGAUUUUUGCAUUGGGCUACUCCAAACUCACUGUCAGAUCACAUGUCUGUGGCCACAGCAUGAACCACAAAAAUCAUACAUCCACUGUGUCGUUUAGAAUAUUUUUUUUCUUGUUUUCCUCCUCUAAAAACUAUGUGCGUGUUAUGGCCGGGUGCGUGUUAUAGAGCGAAAAAAUACGGUAUAUUUUUAUGACUUCACUAUAUAUAAACCUAUUUUUUAAAAAACCAGUUUGGCGCAUACGCAGCCAAAAUCCCCAUUUCCUGAUUUCUACAUAUACUGAAACGCUGUCCCUCCGUCCCUCUCUCUCUGUUUCCUACUCCCAUUUCCCCUCUCAGAAUAUUUUUCCCUCCUCUCGGGGAGCUGCGUCUCCUCCCCUGUGCCUUCGCCGGCACCAUCCGUGGCCGGCUCUGUGGCUUCCAGCUCUGGCUCCCUGCGUUACCGACGGCCCCUCAUCAGCCCUGCCCGGCUCAACCUGAAGGGCCAGCGGCUGAUGCUGUUCUCGGCCCACAGCGAGGCCCAGCAGCAGGAGGACCUGGCCCACUCAGAGAGCAACGUUUUCGCCACGGAGCUGCCCGCCUUCCCGAAAAGGAACCUAAGCGAGCGGGGACUGCAUGGUACGUACCCGUCCGGGAGGUGGGACUUGAAUCGUCUGUGCCAAGGUUGUGGUUUAUCAUAGUUGAGGCUCCAGUGGCUGUGCCUGGAAACCUGAGCAGUCCAAUAAUAAUAAUAAUAAUAAUAAUAAUAAUAAUAAUAAUACUGUGGUACCUCGGGUUAAGUACUUAAUUCGUUCCGGAGGUCUGUUCUUAACCUGAAACUGUUCUUAACCUGAAGCACCACUUUAGCUAAUGGGGCCUCCUGCCGCUGCGCCGCUGGAGCACGAUUUCUGUUCUCAACCUGAAGCAAAGUUCUUAACCUGAAGCACUAUUUCUGGGUUAGCGGAGUCUGUAACCUGAAGCGUAUGUAACCUGAAGCGUAUGUAACCUGAGGUACCACUGUAAAUUUAUUUAUAUCCCGCCCUCCCCAGCCGAAGCUGGGCUCAGAGCGGCUAACAACAGUAAAAAUAACACAGUUUACAUAAAAUCAUAACCAUUUAAUUGAAAUUCAUUCUAAAAUCAAUUCAUUCUAAAAUCAAUUCAGAGUCAAAUUAAUGGGAACCAUUGAGCUAGAGUUCAAUAGUGGCUGCCGUGAGGGGCAUCAGGCCAAAGGCCCGCCUAGUCAUAGAAUUAUAGAAUCAUAGAAUCAUAGAGUUGGAAGAGACCACAAGGGCCAUCGAGUCCAACCCCCUGCCAAGCAGGAAACACCAUCAGAGCACUCCUGACAUAUGGCUGUCAAGCCUCUGCUUAAAGACCUCCAAAGAAGGAGACUCCACCACACUCCUUGGCAGCAAAUUCCACUGUCGAACAGCUCUUACUGUCAGGAAGUUCUUCCUAAUGUUUAGGUGGAAUCUUCUUUCUUGUAGUUUGGAUCCAUUGCUCCGUGUCCACUUCUCUGGAGCAGCAGAAAACAACCUUUCUCCCUCCUCUAUGUGACAUCCUUUUAUAUAUUUGAACAUGGCUAUCAUAUCACCCCUUAACCUCCUCUUCUCCAGGCUAAACAUGCCCAGCUCCCUUAGCCGUUCCUCAUAAGGCAUCGUUUCCAGGCCUUUGACCAUUUUGGUUGCCCUCCUGUCCACACAGUGGCCAACCAAGUGCAGGCAGGGCCUGAGCACAACAGCGCCCUAGUGCCUUGGGUAAAGCUGGCAUAGAGUAAAACUCCCUGGAGCUAUUUGCAAAGUGCCGCUGGUUCCAGCCAACUCUGUUCGUUUUUCCGCGGAGCAAGAACCUGCUGGAUCAGGCCACGGGGGGGUCCCAUCUAAGUCCAGCAUCCUGUGCUCACAGCGGCCACCCAGAUCCCACAAGCAGGCACUGAGCGCAAGAGGUUUCCAGCCACUGGCAUUCAGAAAUGCUCAUGCCUCAGCCCAUGGGCAGCUUUAAAAGAGGAUUAGACAAAUGCCUGGAGGAAAAGGCUAUCGGGGUGGCUGUGCUCUGCCCAAGGACGUACGAAGGGGGGGGGUGUAGGGGUGCAGUCUGCCCCAGGUGUCACCCUGAUGUGAGGUGACAAAAUGGCGGGCGGCACUCGUCACCGUGGGGCCUGCAGCGCACAUGAGCCACACGUCUCAGUGCUCACAAGCUCCAUUCUGUCUGCCCACUGCCUCCCCCCCCCAGCUGUAGGGUGGCUGAGGCCCCACUGCACCCCUGUCCCUAUGGGCACUGUGGCGUGCCCCAUGCCGUCCAUCUUGGCACUGCAUGCCCUACCCCUAUGGGUGGUUCGCUCCUCCCCUCCCCUGGGUACAUCGCCUCAGGUCCCCAAGAGUGAAGUUACAGAGAAACCAGGCAAAGGGCCUUCUCAGUAGUGGUGCCCACCUUGUGGAAUGCCCUCCUAUCAGACAUCAAGGAAAUAAACAACUAUAUUUUAGAAGACAUCUGAAGGCAGCCCUGUUUAGGGAAGUUUUUAAUGUUUGAUGUUUUAUUGUUUUAAAAAUAUUUUUAUUGUGUUUUUAAUAUUCUGUUAGGAGCUGCCCAGUGUAGCUGGGGCAACAAGAUGGGAUACUACUACUACUACUACUACUACUACUUAUUUAUUUAUUUAUUUAGAGCAUAGCCAUCACAACUAGUAGCCCUUGAGAGCCAUCUCCUCCAGGAAUUUUCCUAAUCUUCUUUUUAAAGCCAUCUAGUUUGGUGACCAUCUCUACCUCCUGUGGGAGUGAGUUCCAUUGUCUAACCAUGUGCCAUGUAAAGAAGUCCAUUCUGUUUAUCUGCCCUGAAUCUUCCAGCUUCAUUUGACGCCUUUUGACUUCUAGUGUUCUGCGAGAGGGAGGAAAGCCAAAGGCCACACAGUGACCAGAAGAAGCAUUUUCUGUAAACCGUUAUCUCUCUGCCUUGUCCUCCUUUUUUAAGAUAUGAGAGCCAUAACGGAAGCCGGGAGCAUCUGCAGCGACGGCACCGUCAAGAAAGGGGAGAACUCAUCGCACUCGUCGAGCUGCGUGGUAGACACCACGACGAAAGGGGAGGAACUCACAGGCUGGAGGGGUGAGUGUUGCACAGGGUUUACAUUGUGGGUUCUUUUGCUUAAAACAUGGUUUGCCAUGGCAAGAAAGUGUCUAAUAAAUAUAAUUAAUAAUAAUUAAAAUAUGAAAGCAAUUGAAAAACAUUACCUAGAUAAUAGAUAAAAACAAAAACAGACAUGCAAAAAAACCCCAGCAUAAAAAAGAAACAAAUGUUUUAUUUAAAAAAAAUAAACUACAUUAAAACAUCCCUUCCCCUCCCCCCCCCCAAAAAAAAUUUAAAAGCCAUUGUUAAAAGUCAAAGACCUGGUUAGAAAGGAACCUUUUUGCCUGGCACCUGAUUCAUGUAACAGUGGCGCCAGACGAGCCUCCCUGGGGAAAACAUUCCACAAGCAGGGUGUCACCACCAAAAAGUCCCUGCUCUUUUGUUGCCACCCUCCUGUGGAGGGGGGCCACCUGGAAGAAGAGCCUGUCACAGAUAAUUAUGAGCAGACUGGUUGGUUCAUGCUGCUAAUCCUCUUCCUUCUCCUGUCUCCUUUCUUUUUCCAAUCAGGCCGUUUUGGCAACUCGGCACUCCGAGGUCUCCUUGCCGUGAGCCUGACUGUCAACGCCAUCUUCACGUCAGCCUACCUCUACCAAAACCUGCGCUGA